ACAGGACGAAGUUACCCUCCUGACUGGAACAAGACCAGGGGAUCCGUAGUUACUCGGAAAUUUUCCCCGAAACGUCGCCGUCUGUGAUCAACCCCUUUCACAGCUCGUGAUCGCGAAGUGCAAGGAGAAAGGAGGAAGAGGCAGCAAUACCACAAUUGAUUCGACCCUUAAACCCUAAUUCUGGGAUCUUUAACAUGGAUUCAGAAGGUAGAGUAUAUUUCCCCAAAUAUUGUAAAUGGGUCUGCAAUGUACUUCUAUUCUUUCUUGUACAAAUUUUCACAUUUUCUUUAGGACAACGAACUUCUUCAAACCCUUCUGCGAUGUUGGCUGCGCUUUUAUGCAAAAGGGCCAAGCUGCAUGAAGAACUCCGGAAUAUCGAGAAACAGGUAUACGAUAUGGAGACGAGUUAUUUACAGGAUCCAAGCCAAUGUGGCAAUGUCUUGAAAGGUUUUGAAGGGUUUUUGUCAUCCUCCAAGAGCACUACUCUCCUGAAACGAUCCAGGAAGUUUCAGCCUGAAGAUAGGCUCUUUUCAUUAUCUUCUGUCACUUCACCAGCCGCUGAAGAAAUUGCAAGAGAUGGUGGCGUAUCAGCAAAUGGACCUGGAAAACCAAAGAAAGGCAGAGGGCCAAGAGAGGCAAAGAGAAGGCAAUCUAGCGAAGCUGAUUUCGACUAUGAAGAUGAUCCCGAUCUCAUGUAGUCACUAUUCCUUAUAAAUGACGAUGAUGGCUGACUUGACCGCCCUUUUGCCGGUGGGAUUCGAUGCUUUUGAACUACACCAGCUCUUGGCUGUUAUGAUGUAUAUAUGUGAUAACUAAAAAGCUCGCAUGUUUCCAUGCAUAUUUAACCAUCUGCCAUGUACGUACCACAUCUGAUUGUUGUUCUUGCAGCCAUGCUCCUAUAACUUGUGAAAAGGCUACAUUAGCAAGACAACCUUUUUCGAUUUCUAUGACUUUGAUCAGCUGAUAA